AUGAAAGAUAUCGUCGCCACACUUUGGUUUUUGUCAUGCGCGAUUCACGACUAUAACGAAAGUGUCAAGUGGAGAAUUAAUAUGAUUUUUGGAGGUGCGUUCAUUAUACUCAACUCCGUCCUUAUUAUAUCUUCCUUGCUCUAUGUCCCAAUCAUGCUGAAUGGCUCGAUUCCCAGCACCAUUUAUUUGUUUCUCAACUACUCUACAACAUGGGCGAUCAUCAUAAACACUAUUUUCUGCGAUAUUUACCUUGUUCCUUUGAUAAUUCAAAUUUCCUACUUAGGAUGUAACAAAAGGAAUGUAAAUACGUUCAUGUCUUCGUUUACUCUGACUAAGUUUAUUCAUGUUUUGCUGGAUAUCAAAAGAGAUUCUGAAGUUCACCCAAGUAUCCAUUUCACAGAUUCCAGUAGUCCUGCUUUUGUGUGA